AUGCAGACGGCGGGGCGAGCGCUGAGGAUGGAGGCCGCAGAGGCAGCACCGCCGGCGGGGGCGGGCGGCUGGGGCAAGUGGGUGCGGCUCAACGUGGGGGGCACGGUGUUCCUCACCACCCGGCAGACGCUGUGCCGGGAGCAGAAGUCCUUCCUCAGCCGCCUGUGCCGGGGGGAGGAGCUGCAGUCGGACCGGGAUGAGACCGGGGCCUACCUCAUUGACCGUGACCCCACCUACUUCGGGCCCAUCCUGAACUUCCUCCGUCACGGCAAGCUGGUGUUGGACAAGGACAUGGCUGAGGAGGGGGUCCUGGAGGAGGCGGAGUUCUACAACAUCGGCCCGCUGAUCCGCAUCAUCAAAGACCGGAUGGAGGAGAAGGACUAUACCGUCACGCAGGUCCCGCCUAAGCACGUGUACCGCGUGCUACAGUGCCAGGAGGAGGAGCUCACGCAGAUGGUCUCCACUAUGUCCGACGGCUGGCGCUUCGAGCAGCUGGUGAACAUCGGCUCCUCCUAUAACUACGGCAGCGAGGACCAGGCCGAGUUCCUGUGCGUCGUGUCCAAGGAGCUGUACAGCUCCCCGCACGGGCUGAGCUCCGAGUCCAGCCGCAAGACCAAGAGCACGGAGGAGCAGCGGGAGGAGCAGCGGCAGGAGGAGGAGGUGCAGGUGCAGGUGGAGGCAGCCCGGUCAUCUCAGGAUCCCGCUAACCCUUCCUCCCUCCCACCACCGCCUCCUCCUCCGCUUCCCGCUGGAGGGCCUGCCUCAUCUUCAUCCUCCUCCUCCUCCUCCUGGAUCUCAUCUGCACCCUGCCUCUUCCCUCUCUGCUCCUGCCCCGGUCUCCUCUCCGCCUGCUCCCACCUCCAUCCCGGGGCUGCCCUGGUCCCAGCCUCCCGCGCCCUCCACCCAGGUGCCCUGGUCCUGCACCCCAGAGCAUCCUGCCUGCUGCCUCCCGCACCCCCUCUGGCACCUCCCGCCUCCCAGCCUGGGGAGGAAGGGCGCAGCUGCACCUCCUCUGUGCCUGCCCACCCCGCCGGGCGCCUCUGAGGCCGGGCCGCUCUGCCCUGGUGGGCGCCUCACCUCCUCGCCGCCUCCUCACGUUUCCUCCUUACAGGCUCCUGUCUGCACCCCCUCAGACCUGAGGCUGCACUUGCAGGGGGUGCUUCUCCUGGCCCCUCGCCCGCCCCCAGAGCUGCCGUCCCUGGUUUGUAGCCGAGUGGAGCUGGAGGGAGG